GUGAAGAGUCCGUUAGUGAGCUGUAAUCACACAGGACAUCAGAAGAGAAAUGCUGCCCUUUUUAAAUAAUAAUCAGCAGCAAGUCACACAGAAAUAAUACAAUACAGCUCCUGUGUGUGACCACAAACACACACAUAUACAAAUCAGCUAGUGAGGGAGGCUUAGCUUUAAACUCAAGAACAGCCAGCAUGUCACUAAGAUUGUGUGUGUGUGUGUGUGUGUGUGUGUGUGUGUGUGUGUGUGCAGGUUGUGAUGGAGAGCUGCACAAUUUGCAAACUAUGAUUUUGCAUUUUCUGAACAGUGAGAAUGUGAUGCAAACUCACCAGCAUGAUGCUAUUCUGCUGCAUGUGGUUGCUAGGGCAUUGAUAUGUGGUUGCUAUAGUGUUCUGAGUGGUAUUUUUUUAAGUGUUGCGCUAUGGUUGCUAGGGUGUUCUGGGUGGUUGCUAGUGUCCUAAGAGAUAUUAAGUGUUGUACUGUGGUUGCUAGGGUGUUCCGGGUGUUGCUGAGGCAUUGUUAUGGUGUUUAUGGUUAAGCGUUGCACUGUGCUUUCUAGAGUGAUGCUAUGUGGUUGUUAGGUUGUACUAAGUGGUUACUAGGGUGUUGCUAUGUGGUUGCUAUUGUGUUCUGAGUGGUAUUAAGUGUUGUACUGUGGUUGCUAGGGUGUUCCGGGUGUUGCUAAGGCAUUGUUAUGGUGUUUAUGGUUAAGUGUUGCGCUGUGCUUUCUAGAGUGAUGCUAUGUGGUUGUUAGGGUGUACUGGGCAGUUACUAGGGUGUUGCUAUGUGGGUGUUAUUGUGUUCUGAGUGGUAUUAAGUGUUGUACUGUGGUUGCUAGGGUGUACCGGGUGUUGCUGAGACGUUGCUAUGGUGUUUGUGUUUAAGUGCUGCGCUGUGCUUUCUAGAGUGAUGCUAUGUGGUUGUUAGGGUGUACUAGGUGGUUACUAGGGUGUUGCUAUGUGUUUGUUAUUGUGUUCUGAGUGGUAUUAAGGGUUGCACUAUGGUUGCUAGGGUGUUCCGGGUGUUGCUGAGGCUUUGCUAUGGUGUUUAUGGUUAAGUGUUGAAGCUGUGCUUUCUAGGGUGUUAUACUGUGGUUGCUAGGGUGUUCCGGGUGUUGUUAGGGCGUUUCUAUGAGGUUGCUAUGGUGUUGUUUAUGGUUAAGUGUUGCGCUGUGCUUUCAAGGGUGUUGCUAUGUGGUUGUUAGGGUGCUCUGGUUGUUUACUAGGGUGUUGCUAUGCUGUUUCUAUUGUGUUCUGAGUGGUAUUGUGUUGCACUGUGGCUGGUAGGGUGUUCCGGGUGUUGCUAGGGCAUUGCUCUGCAGUUGCUAUGGUGUUGUUUAUGGUUAAGUGUUGCGCUGAGCUUUCAAGGGUGUUGCUAUGUGGUUGUUAGGGUGUUCUGAGUGGAUACUAGGGUGUUGCUAUGCUGUUUUUAUUGUGUUCUGAGUGGUAUUAAGUGUUGCACUAUGGUUGCUAGGGUGUUCUGGGUGUUGCUAGGGCAUCGCUAUGCGGUUGCUAUGGUGUUGUUUAUGGUUAAGUGUUGUGCUGUGCUUUCAAGGGUGUUGCUAUGUGGUCGUUAUAGUGUUCUGAAUGGUAUUAACUGUUGCACUAUGGUUGGUAGGGUGUUCCGGGUGUUGCUAGGGCAUUGCUAUGCAGUUGCUAUGGUGUUGUUUAUGGUUAAGUGUUGCGCUGAGCUUUCAAGGGUGUUGCUAUGUGGUUGUUAGGGUGUUCUGAGUGGAUACUAGGGUGUUGCUAUGCUGUUUUCAUUGUGUUCUGAGUGGUAUUAAGUGUUGCACUGUGGAUGCUGGGUUUCUGGUCCAGCAGCUGAAAUAGUGCCUCUGAUCACUUAGUAAAGUACCAGCACACUCUCCUCAUCACCGCAGAUGAUCUGAGGAAUCACAGUCAUGCAUGACUAACAGCACUAAUAAUACAGAAUGUGAGUUUGUGUGUGUGUGUGAUCUCCAGACAGUGACCCGCAUGAGUGUGUGAAGCGUGUGAAUGUCUCAGUCAGUUGGUCCGGCACUGCCAACAUUGAACUGGCACACUGGACUGCUCCAGUCUCCUGCUGCGUCACGUAUGUCACCAUGGAAACAUACGUCACACGUCAUGUGUCACCAAAAGUGUGGCGGAGCCAAACUCAGUCUUGAACAAUGUGUGUGUGUGUGUGUGUGAGAGAGAGAGAGAGAGUGAGCGCCUGUCUGUCUGCCGGUACAAUAGAGCUCAUUCUCUAGCCGCUCAAUAUCUGCCCAAUCCACAAAAAAACACUCCUUCUGUCCGAAUGUGGGCGACGAGCCGCUCCAGCACUUCACCCCGUUCUACAGCCGCACACCCACUCACUGCUUCUGCUGGCUAAAGAAGUGCUCAAAAUAUAUAUUUUGUAUAAAUGAAAUUAAAGAGGCCAUAUUAUGCUCUUUUACAAAGUCUUGAUGUUGUUUUUGUGCUCUACUAGAACAGGUUUUCCUGCUUGAAUGUUGAUUAUUUUCCUCAUAUUCUCCAUUGUUCAGCUCCUCUCUUCCCAGUCUGUCAGUAACGCUCUGUUUAGUUCCUGUCUCUAUGAAGCCCCUCCUUCUGAAAAGCACAAUGUGCUCUGAUUGGUCGGCUGGAGCAGUGUGUUGUGAUUGGUCGAGUGUUUCCAGCGUGCUUAGGAAAUGUCCCGCCCCUUACCAUAGCGGCCAGUUUCAACUAAUUCAACCAGGCCCGUCCCUUUAUUGUGACGAUAUUUUUAUGACAGUUAAACAUUUAAACUUUAAUGACUGUGUGAACAGACACUUUACUUUUGGGUUUGUCUGUAAUUCUUUUUAUUCUAAUUGGUAAUUUUCAUUAGAUUCUUAUUAAUUAUAAUACAGCGAUUUGCUUAUUUAAAUUAGAGGCAGUAAAACAAACACCAUGAUGUAAAUUAGUGGGUGUUUUUAACUAUGGGAAACUUUAUAAAAUAAACUCUUUUCAGACACACUUUCACAUUCUCACUAGUUUCUUUCAUUUGUCCAGCGGUGGACAGACGGAUCACAGAGACUCAUCACAUCUCACAUCUCAAACUCUUUCGCUGACAGAGUCUUAAACACAUCAAAUUAACUACUCAAAACUUCAACAUUUUGCAUAACUGGACAAAACUGCUUGACUGGAAAUAAUGCAGUAAAAAUAUUGAUGUUUACCUUGAUUUUGCCUUUUCUAUAAACUUCACGUCUCAUAUUUCAUCUUCACUGACUCUCUGUAAAAUACCAACUAUUAACUUUUGUUAGGAAUAAAAACCUUUACUGACUGACCAAAGCUGCAUUAGAAAUGGGCUGGAGAGAGGAUAAGCAGGUGUUGUGUCGAUCACAAUGGACACACACAUAAACACACCUGAUAUCUGUAGGACACACCCUGAAACUCCUGGGAGUUCAUGAAAUAUUUGAAGAUUAUCUGAACUUUAAACAAGUUUGCAUCAUUAGUGCUGUUCACUAAGUCACUAGUACUCAAAAUGAUCAAACCUCCAGCACUAAGUGAUCAGAACAGAAGCAUCAUUUUCAGUUGCUGGUCUGGGCUAGAAAACAGCUGAAAAAAUCCAACAGAUGCAUAUUGAAAAACCCACAUUCACAAACCAGAAGAGCACAGAGACGCUUUUCACACCAGACAGGAAGAAAACACAUACAAACCACACAGAUGAAUGUAGCGUCGUUUUCAUCAGUUAGUUUAGUUAUCUAGUGCACACUAUAACACAGCUGAAGGUUCUCCAGCACAACGGCUCUGAGAGCGAAUCAUGUUCCUCUGCAGAAAUAAAAACAAUCACUUCUGGGUGGUUUCUAGGGUGUUGCUAUGCAUUUUAUAUAGCGCUCUGAGUGGUAAUAAGUGUUGCACUGUGAUUGCUAAGGAACUGAUAUGCAGUUGCUAUAGUGUUCCGGGUGGUAUUAAGUGUUGUACUAUGGUUGCUAGGAUAUUCUGGGUGGUUUCUAUGGUGUUUCUAUGCAGUUUCUAUAGUGUUCUGAGUGGUAGAAAGUGUUGCUUUGUGGUUACUAUGAUGUUCUGGGUGGUUUCUAGGGUGUUGCCAUGCAGUUGCUAUAGUGUUCUGAGUGGCAAUAAGUGUUGUACCAUGGUUGCUAGGAUGUUCUGGGUGGUUUCUAUGGUGUUGCUAUAGUGUUCUGAGUGGUAUUAAGUGUUGCUCUGUGGUUUAUAGGAUGUUCUGGGUGGUUUCUAUGGUGUUGCUAUGCAGUUGCUAUAGUGUUCUGAGUGGUAUUAAGUGUUGCUCUGUGGUUACUAGGAUGUCCUGGUUGGUUUCUAUGGUGUUGCUAUGCAGUUGCUAUAGUGUUCUGAGUGGUAUUAAGUGUUGCUCUGUGGUUACUAGGAUGUCCUGGUUGGUUUCUAUGGUGUUGCUAUGCAGUUGCUAUAGUGUUCUGAGUGGUAUUAAGUGUUGCUCUGUGGUUACUAGGAUGUCCUGGUUGGUUUCUAUGGUGUUGCUAUGCAGUUGCUAUAGUGUUCUGAGUGGUAUUAAGUGUUGCUCUGUGGUUACUAUGAUGUUCCGGGUGGUUUCUAGGGUGUUGCUAUGCAGUUGCUAUAGUGUUCUGAGUGGUAUUAAGUGUUGCUCUGUGGUUACUAGGAUGUCCUGGUUGGUUUCUAUGGUGUUGCUAUGCAGUUGCUAUAGUGUUCUGAGUGGUAUUAAGUGUUGCUCUGUGGUUACUAUGAUGUUCUGGGUGGUUUCUAGGGUGUUGCUAUGCAGUUGCUAUAGUGUUCUGAGUGGUAUUAAGUGUUGCUCUGUGGUUACUAGGAUGUUCUGGGUGGUUUCUAGGGUGUUGCUAUGCAGUUGCUAUAGUGUUCUGAGUGGUAUUAAGUGUUGCUCUGUGGUUACUAGGAUGUCCUGGGUGGUUUCUAGGGUGUUGCUAUGCAGUUGCUAUAGUGUUCUGAGUGGUAUUAAGUGUUGCUCUGUGGUUACUAUGAUGUUCUGGGUGGUUUCUAGGGUGUUGCUAUGCAGUUGCUAUAGUGUUCUGAGUGGUAUUAAGUGUUGCUCUGUGGUUACUAUGAUGUUCUGGGUGGUUUCUAGGGUGUUGCUAUGCAGUUGCUAUAGUGUUCUGAGUGGUAUUAAGUGUUGCUCUGUGGUUACUAGGAUGUCCUGGUUGGUUUCUAUGGUGUUGCUAUGCAGUUGCUAUAAUGUUCUGAGUGGUAUUAAGUGUUGCUCUGUGGUUACUAGGAUGUCCUGGUUGGUUUCUAUGGUGUUGCUAUGCAGUUGCUAUAGUGUUCUGAGUGGUAUUAAGUGUUGCUCUGUGGUUAUUAUGAUGUUCUGGGUGGUUUCUAGGGUGUUGCUAUGCAGUUGCUAUAGUGUUCUGAGUGGUAUUAAGUGUUGCUCUGUGGUUACUAGGAUGUCCUGGUUGGUUUCUAUGGUGUUGCUAUGCAGUUGCUAUAAUGUUCUGAGUGGUAUUAAGUGUUGCUCUGUGGUUACUAGGAUGUCCUGGUUGGUUUCUAUGGUGUUGCUAUGCAGUUGCUAUAGUGUUCUGAGUGGUAUUAAGUGUUGCUCUGUGGUUAUUAUGAUGUUCUGGGUGGUUUCUAGGGUGUUGCUAUGCAGUUGCUAUAGUGUUCUGAGUGGUAUUAAGUGUUGCUCUGUGGUUACUAGGAUGUCCUGGUUGGUUUCUAUGGUGUUGCUAUGCAGUUGCUAUAAUGUUCUGAGUGGUAUUAAGUGUUGCUCUGUGGUUACUAGGAUGUCCUGGUUGGUUUCUAUGGUGUUGCUAUGCAGUUGCUAUAGUGUUCUGAGUGGUAUUAAGUGUUGCUCUGUGGUUCCUACUUCUGAAAGCGAAUCAUCUCAUGUUCCACUGCAGGAAUCAAACAGCCACAUUCACAGAACUGACGUUUCCUUCCCAUGAACACUGGAGCCGAGACGACAACAAUCAUCACAUCAAGAACGCUGCUCUUGUGCAGCACAAAACACACACAUCAGGUGUAUUGAGCUUGAUGUGUCUAUUAAUCACAGAUAAACACACUCUCUGAUUAUAGUCCGGCUGUCUGUCUAGAGCAGUUUGUUUGUGUGUCUCAUUUGAGUUUUAUUCUGGUGAGUGUCAGACCGCCACCACAUGUUCACAUUUAUACAGCUCAUCUACUAUCAUUGGCUCUAAACCUGAGCAGGAGGAACACAAUGAAGCGACACGUGAUUAAAGUGAUGCUUCUCUUCCAUGUAAGUCUGGGGUUUUUUCUUAACCAGUCACAAGUGUGAUAACUGGCAGGAAACUUUGAGUUCUAUUUCUGUCAUGUUACACUAGCUCCGCCCACAGUCACAUCUGAUUGACUCAACAUGUUCAAAAUAUGUUCAUGUUUGCUGUGAUUGGCUCUCAAACACACUUUCCUCCACUCCAGAUGGACAUGAGUGUGUUUAGUAUAAACUAAUCUGUUAUGAUUAUGAUUGAGAAGAUAUCAGGCUCUGAGACAGGAAGCUGUCAGCAGAGAGGAGGAAGUGCACAGCUUGAGGAGUGUGUGUGCGUGUGUUUGUUUGUGUCUAUAGGUGGAGAUCCCCCCGCUGACGGGAAGCGAGUGGGACGUUCCAUCAGGCGUCGGCUCCGCACACACUCAGAGGUCAAAAACAGGUCAGCACCAUUUUGGCUGCAGUAGGUGUGUUCGGGACACAGCUGUAAGGCGACACCGACGCACAAAAACACUCACACUCCUGACGCACUGGAUACGUGUGAGAAACACACACCGUCCCAAAAACACACCGCUACUUCCAAACAUGUAGUUUGUCUCUAAUAUGACAAUAAAAAAUCAUUCUAUACCAAAAGCCUUUGUUUAUCUUUGACAUUUUCUCUCUGAAUUGUUUGUCAUACAUUUACGUAAUUAAAAUGAUCGGAAGCAACACAAUUGCGGAACAUUUUAUCACAAUGUAUUUUACACUUAAGUUUACAUUUGUGUUGGAAUUACAUGAAUCAUUUUUUAAUAAAUAGAAUAAAAUAAAAAAAAGCACUUAUUGACUUAAUUUUACUUGAGUGGAUUUAACUUAAUUCCAUGUGUGAAAUUUAAUUUGUUAAUAAUUUAUUAGUAGUAGUAUAUGUGAAAUUUACUUUAAAAAUCAGAGUCAAAUUAAGGGUAAUUUCAUAUCAAGUAUAAAGUGUUUUUAAGCCAAAAAAGAGUCAUA